AAUUAAAUUGCGCAGGCUUUAAUGAUGGAAACAUGUCAUGUGUAGGUGGAACAGAAAAGGACAUUGUGGAUGAUGUAGGCACUGCUCUGUGAGACUGCUGAAGGGAGCUCUGCAGUCGCACCAGUCAAAUCGUCUUGACUGUGCGUUGAGUAGCUGAGACCUGUCUUAUCUUCACCUCAUAAUGCGCAGGCGUGAUCCUAUCUGAGCCCCGCAAAAAAAAAGAAGCUUUUCCCGUCUGAACUAGACGUCGUGCGCGCUGCUCUUCAUGUGGUGCUCAAACGAAAACAUCUGAGAGGUAUAUUUUGAAGAUCGUGCGCGAAUACAGCCGGAGCAUGAAGGUUUCUGUGGUAGCUGAUCUGUCCGACCAACACAAUUCAACCUGUGGAUAGUGUGGAGUGCGUCUUGUGGCCACCGGCCAGUCUAGCCUAUCUGGGACGCUCUGCCUGCUUGUGCGCGUCUCUGUCUCUCUCUCUCUCUCUCUCUCUCUCUCUCUCUCUCUCUCUCUCUCUCUCUCUUUAUUUGUUAAACCGUUGGCUCCGGUCCGUGUCGGCGUGGGAUCCGGUGUUCCGUUUGACCUAAGCUGUGAGCAGGUAUUCAGUUUAUGAAUGGCACUGACAUGGAGGAAAUACCGUUUCAGAAAGUCAAAACCAGGCGGAAGAGAAGUCACUGUCCACCGGGCGUCCCCCUGACCACCAUCGCGUGCGAGGACGAGUUUGACUGCAAGGAGCUCGAGUCCCUGUUCCAGAACUACAACCUGAAGCUGGAGCAGACGUCCACUCUCAAAGCCCUGGCCGUGCUCAUCUUCAUGUCCUCGACGCUGGCCGUGGUGGAGUUGCUGUCCGGCCCCAGCCUCACCAUCUCUAAGGGGUCCCAUCCGGUCCACUGUGUCAUCUUCGUCUCCUUGUUCAUCGUAACUAAUGUCAAGUACCUGCAAGUGACUCAGCUCCAACAGAUUGUCAACCUGACGCUGCUCUUUGGCUUCACUUUCUCUUUCCUGUGCUGUCCCUUCUCGCUGGGCGCGAUGGGGAUGGAGCCCCCGACGUCCCCGGAGCAAGGCAUGUGGCAGCUCAUCCUGGUCACCUUCGUCGCCUAUGCGCUCCUGCCGGUGCGGACACUCUUGGCCGUUGUUCUGGGAAUAAUGGUCUCCAUCUCGCAUCUGAUUGUGACUGCCACUUCUGUCACAGUGAAAACGCAGAAACUGUGGAGAACGUUGGUUGCCAACACAGUGCUGUUCACCAGUGUCAACCUGUCAGGGCUGUUUGUGCGCAUCCUGACAGAACGAGCCCAGAGGAAGGCCUUCCUGCAGGCUCGCAACUGCAUUGAAGAGAGGCUCCGCAUGGAGGAUGAGAACGAGAAACAGGAGCGCCUGCUAAUGAGUCUGUUGCCCAGGAACGUAGCUAUGGAGAUGAAAGAGGAUUUCCUGAAGCCCCCUGAAAGGAUCUUUCACAAAAUCUACAUCCAGCGCCAUGACAAUGUCAGCAUCCUGUUUGCAGAUAUAGUCGGUUUUACCAGCCUGGCCUCCCAGUGCACAGCCCAGGAACUGGUUAAACUGCUAAAUGAGCUGUUUGGAAAGUUUGAUGAGCUUGCCACGGAGAACCACUGUCGCAGGAUUAAGAUCCUGGGGGAUUGUUACUACUGUGUGUCUGGACUGACCCAACCCAAGACUGACCAUGCCCACUGCUGUGUAGAAAUGGGUCUGGACAUGAUUGAUACCAUAACGUCAGUAGCGGAGGCCACAGAGGUCAACCUAAACAUGCGCGUAGGCUUGCAUACAGGUCGGGUGCUGUGUGGAGUGCUGGGCCUCAGGAAAUGGCAAUAUGAUGUGUGGUCCAAUGAUGUGACCCUAGCCAAUGUGAUGGAGGCUGGAGGACUACCUGGUAAAGUCCACAUCACCAGAUCUACGCUGGAGUGCCUAAAUGGAGAUUAUGAGGUGGAGCCUGGAAACGGACACGAAAGGAACGCCUUCCUCCAAAAACAUGAAAUUGAAACCUUCUUUAUUGUGCCAUCUCACCGACGGAAGAUAUUCCCAGGAUUGAUUCUUUCGGAUAUAAAGCCCGCCAAAAAGAUGAAGUUCAAAACUGUGUGCUACUUACUAGUGCAGCUUAUGCACUGCAGGAAGAUGUUCAAGGCUGAGAUUCCGUUCUCCAAUGUCAUGAACUGCGAGGACGGUGAUAAGCGGAGGGCCAUGCGGACGGCUCCACAGAAGCUGAGGAAUCGUUCCAACACAAACCAGGCUAAUCUGAUCCAGAGCAGCCCCAGAACCCGGGUCAACCGCUACAUCGGUCGCCUGAUCGAGGCCCGCCAGACUGAGUCAGACACGGCGGACCUCAACUUCCUCACACUCAUGUAUAAGUGCUCUGAGCGCGAGCAGAGGUACCACCAGCUUCCUGAUGAGUACUUCACCAGCGCAGUGGUCCUCUCUCUGAUCCUAGCUGCCUUGUUUGGCCUUGUCUAUCUUCUCAUCAUACCACAGGGCACAGUGGUACUAGUCCUUCUCGUCUUCUGCAUCUGUUUCCUAGUAGCUUGUAUCAUGUACCUGCAUAUCACUAGAGUACAGUGUUUUCCAGGGUGCCUGACCAUUCAGAUUCGCACUGCUCUCUGUAUUCUCAUAGUGCUCUUAAUCUACGCUGUGGCCCAGGCCUGCGUGGUGGGCUGUAUGCCCUGGUUGUGGAGUAGUGCCAACACCAACAGCUCCAUCGUCAUCAUUGAUGUGGACAGCGGCGCCAACCACACCAUGGCUGAGCUGCCUUGUGAUGGCGCCCGUUACGCCUUUCUGUCCUGUGUGGUGGGCACCCUCACCCUGGCACUUUUCCUGCGGGUCUCCUGGCUGCCAAAGAUGGCGCUAAUGCUCCUUCUGGGGGUGUUGUAUGUGACUGUGUUGGAGCUCAGCGGCUUUCGCAAGACUGCAGGUGGGGGGUCCUUCCACAUCCGGGGCUAUGAGCCCAUCCUGUCUCUGUUGCUCUUUGUCAGUGCCCUGGCCCUCCACUCCCGGCAACUUGACCUCAAACUACGCUUGGACUUCCUAUGGGCUGUGCAGGCGGAAGAGGAGAGGGAUGGCAUGGAGAAAGUCAAGCUGGACAACAGGAGGAUUCUCUUCAAUCUUCUACCUGCACACGUGGCUCAACACUUCCUAAUGUCGAACCCCAGGAAUAUGGUGAGCCUCGCUAAUAGACAGGCAGACAGACAGACAGACAAACAGGAUCUAUACUAUCAGUCCUACGCACAAGUUGGUGUCCUGUUUGCCUCAAUCCCAAACUUCAAUGAUUUCUACAUCGAGCUGGAUGGCAACAACAUGGGAGUGGAAUGCCUGAGACUGCUGAAUGAGAUCAUCGCCGACUUUGACGAGCUCAUGGAUAAGGAGUGCUACAAAGACAUAGAGAAAAUCAAAACCAUUGGCAGUACAUACAUGGCAGCUGUGGGCCUCGUCCCCACCAUUGGUACCAAGGCCAAAAAAUCUGUUUACGACCAUCUGAGCACAAUAGCAGACUAUGCCAUUGAGAUGUUUGACGUUUUGGAUGAAAUCAACUAUCAGUCAUACAAUGAGUUUGUCUUGAGAGUGGGUAUCAAUGUGGGUCCAGUGGUUGCAGGGGUGAUUGGGGCACGGCGACCUCAGUAUGAUAUCUGGGGGAACACAGUCAACGUGGCAAGCAGGAUGGACAGCACUGGAGUACCGGGGAAGAUACAGGUGACCGAAGAGGUGUAUCGCCUGCUGAAUACCAACUAUGACCUGGUGUGCCGCGGCAAAGUCAGUGUCAAGGGUAAAGGUGAGAUGCUGACCUACUUCCUGGAAGGGAAAGUUCAGGGUGUGGGCACUGUGACCACUUCUUCGGUGAUGCGUUCCGCCAGCCUGGCGCGCCGGAUCCACUCCUGUGGCAAGACGAGUGUGCCGACCAAUCUGGGAAGUGUCUCCUCCGCCGCCAGCCUGACUGCUUUUGCCAGCAUGGGCAGCAACAUGCAGAUGAACACCGCCAACAGCAGCAACAACCAAGCAACAUGCCUGCCCUCUCCCUGCGUGCCCGCAGUGGGCGAGGAGGACGAGGAGGACUUAGAUGUGACGGAGAUUAAGAUCGAGGGUGUGGCAGCUGUUGCAGACGCAGCGGUGUAGAAAGAAAGACAAGACUGGAAAGUUCAACUUCAAUUAAAAAAGGAAAGAAAACCCUGGUUGGAGGCCUAAGGAAGACAGGGCUGUCCAGGUAUUUCCUAUAAAAUCUUGAGCUACUGGCACAACCCAGAAUAUGCUCAAUCAGGAGACGAACAUACAGAGAAAUGACACAUGGUGACAAGGACAAUCACACUCGAUUUAGGGAUUUUUCCUGCUUGCCACUCCUGGAAGACAAAUGUGGAAUAAAGAAGAGAGAAACCCAUGAUCUGAAAUCCUCUUUUAACAUGUCUAUACCAGAUGAUUAGAUUUGUGGUGUCCCUGGGUUCCCUCAGAUCCAGAUAUAAUGUGCAUCUUUGUUUUAUAUAUAGUACAUAUUCCAUGUACAAGGGAUAUGUGCAUUGUUAUCCAGAAAAAGACUGAUCAUGCUAUUGCUUUUGCACUGUCUUUCUGAUUAUGCCAAGGAUACAUUGCAUUAUUUACAGUGUAAAAUGGUGUUGUUUCUUUUCGGUGUAUGUAAGCAUGCAUGUGUGUACUUGUGGGUGUGUGUAUGCAUGUGUGGUUAAUUCUGAAUUGUAACGAAACAGCACAAAAUACUUUUUUAUACUCGGAGCUCACAGGAGGAAAUUGGCUUUUUUUUAGACAUAUUUACAGUUGAUAGUGCAUGACUUUUUAAGAGUUGAUAGCCAUAGUAACGGUACUCCUGUUGAAAGAAAACCAAAGUAUUGAGCUUUCCAUAGAUCUUUAGUUUUACUGCUUAUAUUGCCUCACCACACAAGAGAGAAGAGAAAAUGUUGCAGUAGGUUGAACAUACUUGGCAUAUGGGAGCCACAUCAUCGGUAGACUUAAAAAGUGUCUUUUUGAACCCCCAGAGAGACAAAAUAAGGGUUCCUGAAUACCUUCUUACAUGUGUACGAUCAACAUCACAUGAAGAACCAAUACACCCACAUGUAUGGUUCAAACAUACAUGUAGGCAUCCAUUAAGGCAUUCUUCCGCACAGAAGACAGCACAUACAUUACUUAAGCACAUACAAUAAGCAGACAACCUUUAGCCUAAGCCUUUCAAAUUCUCCAUGUACAUUGACACAUUUUCUCAAGGCCACAGAAACUUUGGUGCAGUGUCUGGCUACUGUCGUCUAUCAGGCAUACGUUGCUAUACUCCAGCUUCUUUUUGCUAUAUAUUUAAGCUACAUUAUGAGUUUUUCCUCAAAAUGAGUUGUCCUCAUAAUGUAUGAGCUUUAGCACGUCUUUCAGAUGCAGUCUCAGACAUGUGAGGCGCUUAAGAUAUCUUUAUAGCCUAUAUCUUUAUCAUCAUAGAACGUUCACUUGAUCUGCAAAAGUGUAAAUACAUCUUGUUUCAAGUUUUUGCCUUACUCAAGCUUACAGUGAUUGCAACCUGCCUUUUUAGAUAUAUUCACUUUGAUAUGCAGAUCAUACUUUUUGUAAAUAGCCAAAAGCUGUAAACUAUGUUGUAUCUUGUACAGUGUAAAGUUGGGUUAUUGAAUAUUUUGUAAUAAAGACGAUAUUGGUGUAUAAAAUAUUAAA